ACUUAACACAAGUAUCCAAGAAGCUAACUAAUUCUGUAAUUCAUCUUUUUGCAAGUUUCUUGAAUUCCAUUGAAUCAUCUUUAAUGGAAGCUCGCAAAUCCUUCGUUCCCAUUUUCUUAAUCUUUACAAUCAUGGAGGUUCUUGAUGGCAAAUUCACCUCACAUACCUGCAACCAUGAUCAACCCCCAAUCCAUUUUCCAUUCAAAGUCAAUUCUUUCUGCAAACACAAACAAACCAUGAUCAAAUUCCCAAAUUACGGCGAUUUGGGCGUGAAAUCCAUCUCAUACGAUCACAGAAAACUCACUCUAAUCGACCCAAAAGAUUGCGUCUUUCAAGUGUUCUUGAACCUCAAUCUUGAUCCUACACCCUUUCGAUACUAUCAUGUUGUUAGAAACUAUACGUAUUUGAAUUGCUCGAUCAAUCUUUUGGGAUCUUUCGAACAAAUCCCAUGUUUAAGUGAUUCUAAACACCAUGUUUAUGUUGUGGAGUCAUCGUUAGAUAUUCCCAGUUCUUGUGAGCUUAUCAAAACUGUCUCGAUUCCAUUUGAGUAUAGUUCUUACGUUUCUGAUGAUAGUUUUGGUCUUGAUUUGACAUGGGAUUCGACUGGUUUUGAUGAUUUUUCAGAAGCUAAAAGAAGGUGGUUUGGUGUUCAAUCCAUUGGAGAAGAAACAAGUAUCGCGAUUUUGGUCUUUAUGGCGAUUUUGGUCCUUAUGGUUUGGGGAUUUGCAUGUGUAAAGGCUUAUUGUAUGAAGAAAUCUGAAAGCAAGACAAAUGAAUGGGACAAGUUACUUGAAGAUCUUGAAACCUUAUGAAGAUCGAAUUAUCAAAAGUCUCCUGCUUGGAGUGUAGUGUUUAUGUCUUUAGUUUUGAAAUACAUAUAAAUUUAGUGUUAUGCCUUGAAAAUGAGGUAAUACUAUAAUAUUGAGAAAGUAUUAUUUGAUACUAUAACAAGUUAAAACCAUCC